CCACCUCGGCGCUCCGCAGGAAUGUGAAGGCGGGGGCCGCUGGUGGCAAACUUUGGGAAUGAUAUAGUAGCAGGAGCUGUAUGGGAUCGGUACCAUCCGUCGAUGUGGACGGCCUACAUUUGAGCGUUUCUCCUUUAUUGUUAUUUUUCUGUUUCCAGAGCGCAGCCCGAGAGCUUGGACUCGGCGGGGUUUGAGUAGAGAGAAGCGCCGUUAGACCCAAAGCCAUGUCGGAGGACCUGAGCUCCCAACCCUGGUCCAUCUGUAAGGAUGACUACGAGCUGCAGGAGGUGAUCGGGAGUGGAGCCACAGCAGUUGUCCAGGCAGCCUACUGUGUACCCAGAAAGGAAAAGGUUGCCAUUAAACGCAUCAACCUGGAGAAAUGCCAGACCAGCAUGGACGAGCUCCUGAAAGAGAUUCAGGCCAUGAGCCAGUGCCACCAUCCCAACAUCGUCUCGUAUUAUACCUCCUUCGUAGUGAAGGAUGAGCUGUGGUUGGUGAUGAAGCUUCUCAGUGGUGGCUCUGUCCUGGAUGUCAUCAAGCACAUUAUUUCAAGAGGGGAGCACAAGACUGGAGUGCUGGAUGAGCCCAGUAUAGCUACCAUUCUGAAAGAAGUUCUACAAGGACUCGAGUACUUGCACAAAAAUGGGCAGAUUCACAGGGAUCUGAAGGCUGGAAACAUCCUGCUCGGGGAGGACGGCUCCGUUCAGAUUGCAGACUUUGGUGUAAGUGCCUUCUUAUCCACCGGCGGUGACAUCACCAGAAAUAAAGUACGCAAGACGUUUGUCGGAACACCGUGCUGGAUGGCUCCAGAGGUCAUGGAGCAGGUGAAGGGUUAUGACUUCAAAGCCGAUAUCUGGAGUUUCGGGAUCACAGCCAUAGAGCUGGCCACAGGAGCCGCUCCCUACCACAAAUACCCUCCUAUGAAAGUGUUGAUGCUAACCCUGCAGAACGAUCCUCCUACACUGGAGACAGGCAUCACAGAUAAGGAGAUGGUGAAGAAAUACGGCAAAUCCUUCAGGAAGAUGAUCUCGCUGUGUUUGCAGAAGGAUCCGGAGAAAAGGCCUACAUCAUCAGAGCUCUUAAAACACAAGUUCUUCCAGAAGGCCAAGAAUAAUGAAUUUCUACAAGAGAAGCUACUACAGAGAGCACCUACAAUAUCAGAAAGGUCAAAAAAGGUGAGGCGGGUUCCCGGAUCCAGCGGCAGGUUGCAUAAAACAGAAGACGGUGAAUGGGAGUGGAGUGAUGAUGAGCUGGACGAGGAGAGUGAAGAAGGCAAAGCUGCUGUUGCUGCUUUACGGUCACCGAGAGUUAAGGAGGGAUCCCAGAACUCAGAGCUUUUCCAGCCAACAGAGCCUUUCAGCAGUCACCUCCAGGCUGGCGUCCCUGGCCAGGCAGAAAUACCUCAGCCUGGUGGUCAACCUGUGCAGCCCAGUGCACCUGCACAAGCCCUGCCUGUUCCCACCAAUCCUGCCCAGGUUCCAGUCCCUGCAAGUGAUGCCUCUAAAUCACCCAUCAGCUUGGUAUUAAGGUUGAGGAAUCUGAAGAAGGAGCUCAACGACAUACGAUUUGAGUUCAUGCCUGGCAGAGACACUGCAGAUGGAGUGUCCCAGGAGCUGGUGUCAGCAGGCUUGGUAGAUGGAAGAGAUUUAGUUAUAGUUGCUGCUAAUUUGCAGAAGAUAGUUGAUGAGCCUCAAACCAAUAAGAACGUCACUUUCAAGCUGGCGUCCGGUGUGGAGGGCUCUGAGAUUCCAGACGACGUCAAACUGAUGGGGUUCGCUCAGCUCAGCAUCAGUUAAAGUUUGCCUCCACGCGGGGACCAUGACUUGCCUAAAAAUGUGAAAAAAAAAAAAUACAAACGAAACGAAAACACACCAACAGAAUGACAUAUUCAUACUUAACCCCCCCUCUCUUUUCAAAGGCCCUUCAGAUACCACUGCUGCCAAAGAAAACAGUACCGUUGCAUCAGCCCAUAGGAUUUAAUGAAGCUUCCCAGCUGUGGAAGGCAGUGGGGAAGACAGGAUAUCAUAAUCUAUAGGAAUCACUCAAAUAAAGUUUACAAUGUAUAUGUAGAAGGAUGCAAUUUUUCAACACCUACCAGGUAUAAACCUUAUGUUUUUUUCUUUUUUUUUCCAUUUUCUUUUCUUUUGUUUCGUUUCUGUAAUGUCCUACAUUUGCACAAUCUGAACUAACACCCUAAAAUCUUGAUAAAUGUAACAAUGCCUUAUAUUCGAGCUACUGAAUGCAUGUCAGAGGGGGGAAAAUCCCUCAUGAAUUGUGGAGUUUAUCAUGGAAAUGAACGAUUGUGGUUUCAGAUACUAUGGCUAAACUUUUUACUUGUAGUUCUUUCUUUUACUUUUUUUUUUUGUUCUUUGGUCUGGAGAGAAGCAACUAGAACAGUGCAGAAGAGAAGAGUGCCCGAUGCCCACCCCCAUCCCCCCUCCCAGCUUGACAACUUAUUAGCCUUAUCUUGGUGGAAAAGUCUAUUUUGGAUGCACUCUCGAAUCUCUCGGAUUAGACACUGGUGUUCUUAGGCACCCCUUUAGGUCCUCCUUGCUUUUUCGGCUGCUGUACAGAAAUUCUUUGUCCACGUGAUGCACUGGUUAAUAUUACCACACUGCAGAUGUUCUGUGUUCUUUUAGCAGCCACCUACAUGAGACACGCUCUUGAACGUGGAAGCCGUGUAUCACUCACUGGCACUUUGUGCACUCACUUCCACGAAAUCUUGCCAAGAAUAAGAAAAGAAAGUCCUUGGUUUUAAAUAUUCAGCCCUAAAUUUUAGGUUUGCAGGUUUUAGCUCAGUUCUUGUGUACAGUCUUGUGUGGAAACGUUGCAAGUAAACACCACUCAAACCUUUUUUUUCCAAGCACUUCUAUACAACCUCCGUAUGUCUCACAGUGAAAAACAACAAAACAAAACCUUGUACUACUCCAUGGAAUUAAGUUAUUGGUUUUAUAUUACGACUGAUGUUAUUCCUGUUGGGUGUCUGUCUGGUGUUGGCUUUUGUCUCUGUUUUUUGGAGUCUGUUUCUCAUUGGCUGAUGUGGCUGAACCAGUACUUGAUUGAAUCUUCUCUUGUCUGUAAAUAACGUGAUUUUGGGUUUUGAUUUCCUUUUUCUUUUUGUUUUGUUUCUUUUUUUUUAUGGGUUGUUUCACUCAUUGCCUUUUCGUCCGGUGGAGGGGCGUGACACUGGCUGCCAAAGGACACCAAGUUUCGGCUCUUUAGUUUUGUCUCCGCCCUCGUCCGAGCAGGUGUGGCUGUUUCCUUUCAGUGUGGAGGACGUCUGUCUAAUGUUUUUCAGCUCGCAUGCGCCGCCCGUAGUUCAUUUCUGGAGCUACUGUAGCAGUACGACAGUUCACCUUUCUUUGUGACAUGUAGAGCGGUACAGUUAAAGGGCUGCACAAUAUGGUUAAAAUAGCACCUCGAGGGUCUUCAGAGGGGAGCAGCCGUCUAAGCGAUGGCCUUAUCUUUGGGAAACUGCAAGUUUCAUGACUGGGAGUCUAAGAGAGCAUAAUUGUCCUCACUCUCUCUGGGUGUGGAGGAUGGUUCUCAUUCUCCCCUGAUCACUCAGCGCAAUGCUAGCCAAAGUAGGGGUUUGUUAGCUCCUCCAGAUUAUGUGAAGCUCCACAGUUAUGUUAGCGGCAGUUCUACACAUCUAGCCUUUGCUAGCCCUCACCCUCUCAGCUUGGUAGCAACAUGUAAUGGGGAAGACCCAGGUGGACAAUGACUAAAUUUGGGGCAGAGAUUGGGUUAAAACAAAGGAAAACUUUGAGAUUACAUUGCUAUAUAUUGCAAUUGCUUAUGGUCUGCCUACAGAAAUCCCAAUUAAACCUUUGUUUGUCAAAAUGCCUGAAUUUGAGUUAUUAAUUUGAAAUUAUGCUCAUUUGUAAGCAUGUGAAAUGCUGUUUGGAUAGAUUGGAUACUUUUGUCAUGCUAACGUAGCAUGGUGGCAAAUUUGUUGUAGCUAACUGAUGUAAGGCAGGUUGGAAACAACAAAAACAUAAUAGAACAACAAAGAUUUUUACAGUUUCUCAUUACAUACAAUAGCAUCUGUAAAGCCAGUCCAACCUAGCAACAGUUGCUAUGAAAAUUAUGGGAUGUGUGGCCAGAACAUAUGUCAGUAUAGCAUUAUAAUCACAACACUGACCCCUGAAUGUGGAUGGUUAAAGAUUGCCUUCUAUUAUUUGCAUCUGUUGCACCGUGUGAACGCCUUGACUCUUGUAAACAUUCACAGAAGCCCAUCAGGAACUUCUGAGAUUUGGACUUGAUCAUAACGUACAGUAACAAAAAUAAUAUCUGUGUUUCUUACUUGUAAUGCUGAAGCUGAUGUUGCGAUAAUUAAUAAAUGACACAUUGUGCAGCCCUGCUAGACACACCAGAAAGACUAGCACUUAUAUAACAUAUCACAUGCUGUCUGUGAGCUUAGAAGGUAUUUUUAUAGUCAUCCACAUUACAUAAACUCAUACCGCUUUCCUGAUUGGUCCGUUUCUUUGCUCUGGUGAAGCAAAACCUGCUCUUUCACAUGGCUUGGUGAUGCGUUUUUCUGAUGUGAGAGAAAUGCGUAGCUUAGUAGUUCUCUCUGUACAUAAUGGCAAGAAUUUGAGACUCGAGAUUGGCUUUGAUUAUUAAUGCAAGCAUUGUGGCUUCAAUGGUUAGCGUACGGAUGCAGGUCCCUGAAGUUCUGAAUUAAAAAAAAAUUUCCAUUAUUUUCCAUGCAGACAGUAGUGACCUAAGUCCAGUUCUUUUUUUGGAUUUGGUGGUUACAUUGGAGGCUCUCAGAAGAGCUGCAAAUUAUAAGUAGCCUCUAGUUUCUAGCAACUUUGUCUAGCAUCUGUGACGUUUUGAGCGGAAAAAUGUAUUUCUGUGUUGUUUUUUGAUUCCAAUCAGUUCACUAACCAUGUUAAGUAUUUUGAGUAAAUGCCCGUGCUCGGCGAAUAGCAUUCUAUAAUCACUCCGAACGCUCCAGUCGCAAGAUAUACAUAAUUAAAUUAGUCAUAAUAUUGAAUAUGUAUGGUUAAAAUCUUGCCCUUGUACUCUGGUGUGAUUUCAGAAAUCCCAUUCAGAAAUAAAUCUGUACAAAAAUGAAAUUUGUUGCUUAUAGUGCCGUUCACCAAUAUUCAAUUGCUAUGUCUUGAAUAACUCUGUGAAUAUUGAUCUCUUUGAUCUUUUGAGUGAAAUAUACAGUGGGGCCCGUUCAUAAAUAUUGCCCCCCCCCUCCCCAUUUUGCUGUAACCCUGCCCCCUUCCCUUUUUUCUUGCUGAACUGUAUUAUAACGAUGCUGUAGUAUUUGGACAGACUACCUUCACACUCAAAUUACUAUAGGCAAUAACACAAAACUGUAAUAUAUUUAAUUUUUUCAUUAUUAGGUUUUUAUUUUCAUUUCACUCAUUCUUGCUCUUGUUGGUUUUGAACUUCGAAGCAUGUUUCUCUGAUUAUUUUAAAUCAAUAAAGAAUGAACAUAUCA